AGGCUUAGGCUGUAGAAAUGAAUGGAAGUCAAUGGAAAGUCCCCGCAAAGAUAACUGCGUGUGUGUGUGUGUGUGUGUGUGGUGUGUGUGUGUGUUGCCUCUUCAACAUGUUGAGUCAAACCAAAGUUUUGAGGUCUAUCACAGCUUUUUUGCCCCUUUGUCUUUGGAGUUGUUAACAUGGAUGUUGAAGUUUCCACCAGAAUUAGAGAGUCACAAUCAAUGCAUAUAACAAGUAAGAGUUCACUGAAGUCAAUGAAAUUAAACUUUCCACAUAUUUUCCACAUGUUUGAUGUUUGCUCAAUCCUGACCUCUGAUCACAGCCGUCCAGGAAACCAGCUUCACAUACGGGCAGUAAACAUUCUGAUAGAUUUUUUGCUGAUCUGGUUUGUUUGCCACAGUGAAAGUUAUGCUUUGAAGUACAUUUGACCUUUCUUCACUUCUUAUUCCAGAGAAAUGUUCAGUAAUAAAUAACUGAGCUUGGUCCCUGACUCUUCAUUCUCUGGGUGAUUUUGAUUCCUGAUAACAUGGGGAUGAGGUGUCUUGAAUUAGUUCUUCUGCUUUGGGUUCCUGGACUGCUGCAAGCUCAAGGUCCACAGCCUUGCAGCGCUCCGAGCCUGGAUGCAGGUUUUCUUCUCCCGGUGCAGGAAUCAUAUCCUCAUGGAACAAAGAUCAGUUAUUCCUGCAAUGAUGGAUACAAAGCAGAAGGAAGAGGCUGGUGGGGAACAAGCACAUGUGUCAAUGGUUUAUGGUUUGGUAUCCCAGUCUGUAUUAGUAAGUGUUUCCUUUAUCCACUGAAAAGAUUUUCUUCAAAUACUUUUAUGCAUUUUACUUUAAAACUGAGCAGUAAACAGAACCUUGGUCAGGUUUCUCAUCUUCUUGUGCUUCUUUGAAAUGGAAUCUGUGACUUUUGAUAUUUUACUCAAAAAGCUUAUGUGUUUAAUUUUCUUCUUUACAGAAAAUCGUACUGUCUGCCGCGAGCCUCCAAGAAUAUCCAAUGCCACCAUAAUUAAUCAGGAUUUUCAGGAUGUAUUUACUCAAGACACAGAAGUGGUGUAUCAGUGUAAGGAUGGAUAUACAACAAAGGAAGGAGCCACCAAGAAAUCUGUCUUCUGUAGAGCUGGAGUUUGGACAGACGUCCCAACAUGUGCACCUACUGCCGGACCCGGAUCAAAGGACACUGUAUCCAUCGAUAAUUGUGGAGAGAUCCCUCAUGUUCCAAACGGGCUUCCUGAGCCACAGGAGCAGCAACGUUCUUUGAAAUACACGUGUCAGAACUUUUACAAGUUAGUGGGUCCUGACACUGUGGUGUGUCACAGAGGUGGCACGUGGUCCGAAGUCCCCACAUGUAAAGAGGACUUCUGUUUUCUGGACACUACAAAGUAUCCUGACCUUACAAAUUCUGGCAAUACGUUUAUCAGAAAUGGGGACACAGAGUACCCAAGAUGUGUUGAUAAAUGGAUGUUUAAAAAUUACGCUGUGGUUCGGUGCAUUGAUGGGAAUCUCACUGUAUCCAGAUGUUGCACCUGGACCAAGAUAAACGCUGGUGUAUGCUGAGGCACCAUCGGGAAAAGAUCUGGCUCUCUUGGGCUGAGCUGAUGGACUGAGAACAAAUGGAAACAUGAACCCAUUUGAAACAACUUGAGAUUGAAUGCGUUGCCAACGGCCAGGCUGGAUAUUUUCAUUCUGUUCUACCACAGUAUAGCAUGUUCUGUAUUUAGAUUGUUCCAGUAGCAUUUCUAUAGUUGUGCGUUUCAUACAGAGAAUUGUAAAAAACCUCUGUCUGACUUCGUCUCUGUUGCCUGCAA